UCCAUUUUCCUUCCCGGAUCCAUCAGCCCUAUUUGCAUUUUCACAGCUCCGUUCCAAUUUGCCGAAUUAUCAAACGGCGACGAUAAUAUCGCCUCUAUUGUCUGCAACUGUCACAAGUACAAAUGCCAUAUCCGCACCAAGCCUCGGUCCGUCUCCUCUUAAACGACCUAAUAGGGAACAGCAGUCAGCAUCUAGCCCACCAUCCUGCUCCUCUUCAUCGGUAACCUCAUCAUGCAGUCCUCAUCAAUCACCCCAUCGAAAACAAGCAGCACCAGUACCUGACGAAAAAAAG